AUGCUAGUUAAAAUAGUGGUGAGAGAAGAUAUCAUAUCGAUCAUUAGUGCGUAUGGGCCGCAAGUUGGGCUAGAUGAGGAAGUGAAACGUGAGUUUUGGGAUAACCUGGGUGACCUUAUAGAUACCAUCCCUGCCGAUGAAAAAGUUUUUAUAGGUGGAGACUUCAAUGGGCGCAUAGGUAAGGAGGCAGUUAACUAUAACUCAGUUCAUGGCGGUUUUGGUUAUGAUGUAAAAAACGAGAGUGGAGAGAUCUUGCUUGAGUUUACGUUAGCAAAGGAGCUGGUUAUAACAAACUCGAUCUUUAGAAAGAACGAUGAACACUUGAUUACGUACAAGAGUGGUGGGCAUACAACCCAAAUUGACUAUUGUUUAGCACAGAAGGAUGAUCAGAGCUCGUGCUUAGAUUUUAAGGUCGUGUUAGGUACAGAGAUGGCCACCCAACAAAGCUUAUUAGUACUAGUGUUUCGUAUGAGGAGAAAGAUUGUCGAGAAGAAGAUAAAGGUCAGGCAAUAA